AAUGCAUCAGCGGAUCAUCAGCGGGAAACCAAAAUGGCGAACGUGUUGGGGGAAAAUGAACCGUUUGUUAUUUUCUGAGAGAGGCAGCAGCUCCGCUAGUUUCCGCGAUACACUUUGAAAUAACACGUAACCACAGAAGAAACGGGAAAACAGCGGACACCCAUAAACCUUUUAUUUUUUUGUUGUGCGGGUCAUCUGUAAAAGCGGAGGUGACCGAAUGAGAGACUCAGGGGUUGUGGAUCACCUGUCUGUCCAUCACAGAGCUCAACCACAGCAGCAGCAGGCCCCGUCCUUGUCCCCCACUCGCCUCUCUUUGAGGGGAGAGUAUGGAGAGGACAGCAUGUCGGACAGGUUUACAGAGGGACAGGACGUCUUGGCCCGAUGGUCAGAUGGCUUGUUCUACUUGGGGACUAUCACAAAGAUAGAUCUGGAUAAGCAGCGAUGCUUUGUGGUUUUUGAGGAUCAGUCGAAGUCUUGGGUGCUGUGGAAGGACAUUCAGACAGGGGAUGAAGAUGAUGAGGAUGAUGAGGACGACGACAUUGUGUGCUCCAUAUGCCAGGAUGAAACUUCAGAGGAACCCAAUGAGAUUGUUAUUUGUGACAAGUGUGGACAAGGCUACCAUCAGCUGUGCCACUCCCCCAUCAUCGAUGCCUGUGUCAUUGACUCGGAUGAUAAAUGGCUCUGCACAGAGUGUGCGCUCGCUUCUAUGACUAAGAGAGGGGGUUCACACAGGAAGAGUGCGUCUGCAAAAGGCUUUGCGGAGCACGAGCAGCAGCAGCAGCAGCAGCAGCAGCACAUGGGGCUGCACCUGUCCUUCCCCUAUGCUCUGGAGGAUCUGCUGUGGGACCAGGGCCACAAGACUAACAACCAGAAGUGCUACUGCUACUGUGGAGGUCCAGGAGACUGGUACCUGAAGAUGCUGCAGUGUGACAGGUGUCAGCAGUGGUUCCACGAGGCCUGUCUUCAUUGCUUACAGAUGCCCAUGCUCUACGGAGAUAGGUUUUAUCUGUUCGUUUGUUCUGUUUGCAACGGGGGACCAGAGUACCUGAGCAGACUCUCUCUCUGCUGGGAUGAUGUCACACACCUGAGCCUGUACAACCUGAGUGUGAUUCACAAGAAGAAGUACUUUGACUCUGAGAUGGACCUGAUGGUAUACAUCAAUGAUAACUGGGAGCUGCUGCAGCUGGGGGAGCUCGCCAACACUCGGAGAUCAGAGCGAUACGAUAGGGUUCUGGAGGCAUUAAACAACAACAGCAGCAUGUUCAUGUCAGGGAAGGAGGUGAAGAAGAAGAAGCACUUGUUUGGACUGAGAAUCCGUUUCCCUCCUGCCCCUCCCAACUCUGAUGAGCCAACCAUCAGAGAGAUGGAGAGGGCUUCACAUGAGAUCACCAUUAAGGGAUGCAAGCCCACCAAAGCCCUAUCUGACAUGAGAACUUGCAGUACUUUAACCAAUGGCACAGAGAAGAAGAAGAAAAAGAGGAAGCAAGGAGCACAUUCUCUGUCUAAACCACAACGCUCCACUGAACUCUUAUCCCAGGAAAUGAGAAAACCUCUACCACUGGAGGCCCACACAUUGGAUCAAUUAACCUCUAUCAAGAACGAGAGGUCUCUGCUGUCCUCAGAUGUGGAAUCCAUAGGGGCCCUGAGCACCACAGAAACUACCUCAACUAGCAUUUCAAGACCGUCUAGCCUCUGUAGCUCCAGCAAGACCCGCACUACAGCCAGCACCAUACCUGUUUCUGCUCCACCCUUAAAAAGAAAACGUGGGCGACCACGACGGGCCCUGCAGCCACCCAACCCAGAAAUCCCCCCUCCCAUCCACACUGACCCAGACCCAUCAGCUACAGAGGUGCUGAGCCCACUCCCAGGGCUUCACUCUACAGACAUAGUUCAUGGCAUGGACCCCAACAGCCAGCUCUCCCACCUCAAGAGCUCCAUCAGCAGCUAUUUUGGAGCAGCAGGACGGCUUGCCUGUGGGGAAAAGUACAAAGUCCUGGCACGACGGGUCACUCUGGACGGCAAGGUGCAGUACCUGGUGGAGUGGGAAGGAGUCACCGCCUCCUAGACUGCUAAUCGUCAACAUCAUUUCCGACCAGCGGCUGCAGGAGGUUUACAGCUGUGCUGAGGACAAAUAACACAGCAGGCGUUCAGAGCAUUAACUGAUAUAUGCCUUUUGUUUAGUUUAGAGAGGAGCAAGUCUUGCCUGAUAAUCUCACUGUAAAGCCUUUUAGGUCGUUACAGUCCAGGGUGAUCAUUAAUUUGUGCAUACAUGUCUUUUUCAUGUAAAAAAAAUAGCUAUUCAUUCUAAAGGAAGAAAGCAUGUCAUUAGAAAACAUUUUUGUUAUUCUGCUUCUAGCUUCAAUAUCUGCUUCAGUUGACAGAAUUCUUUAUUUUUCAGAGGCAAAUGCUUGAUCACUGCACUGCAUCUGAAGGCUUACAGUGACUUGUUAUUUGUGCUUUAUUUUAAAUUCAGUGAUGUGCUUUUCAUUUCCAGAACAGUUCAGUAAGAAACGAUGUGCUUUUUGAACGAAUGUAGUUGGUCAGGCAUCACGUUUUUGAAUCAUGGAGGAUAAGAGAAAGAGGGGUAUUUUUAAUUUCACAUCAUGCAUUGAACAAUGACGUGUGUUUAGGUUAACAUUUAUAUUCUUUAAUUUCUUUAUAAACAAAUGUGUUAAUUUACAACCAUGUCCCCUCCUUGUCUAGUCCCAGCUUUGAGUCCCUUGUUGCCUCGAGCAGACAUAUUCGCCAGUUGUGUUUCGGGAAGCGUGCUCAUGUUCAGGAAGAGCUACAAACAAAAGAGAUGCUGCGGAGAAUGUUCAUUUUAUAUAGACUUUAACUACAUUUAUUUCUUACCUUCUUUCUCAUUUGACUUUUUCUGUUCAGCAGGGCAGUUGUCUCUAAUUUCUGAUUUUAUUUUUUUUGUAGUAUUGAUGGCACAUAUCAAAAAUCCGUCAGGCUGUCAUCUCAUUUAAAACUGAUGAUUUGAGCUUCUCAGUUCAGACAUGGCAGCAUUUUCAUCAAGUGUUAAGGUUUUGGGUUUUUUUUUAGUACUGUUUUACUUUGAUCAUAACUGUUUAAACUUACAUGUGGUAUUAUAAAAAAUAACCUCUCCAAAAGGAGUGUAAUUUAAUUGCAUAAAUGUUCAGAAGCCCAAGAGAAGAUGUCCCAAAAUUUUAGUUUGAAAUCGAUAAUAUGAUUGUUAACCUCUGAAAUCUUUAAGGACCUAUUUAGUUUUAACUUUAUCUGAUAGUAAUUCAUAAAUAAAGUGUUGAUAUUAUUAAUGUUUAUUUACCCAUUUCAUAUUAAGAUUUGUUUUUGUGUUUCUGCUGCCUAUGCAAGUAAGUCCAGGAUCAUGUUGUUCAAUGGUAUAAUUUGGCCAUAUGACUUUACAAUGGGGAGUUCCAGCAUUCUUAUGUGAUAAUUAAUCUCUAUUGUAUUUUCUUUGUUUAUGUGAUGGGUGAAAACAAACAAAUUUAAAUUCCAUAACGCACUUGGAUUUUAACAGUCAUGUAGUCUACACACUCAGGAUAUGCCCCAGAACUUCACUGCAUUAUAAAGGCCAUCAUCUGCAGCUUGACAGGAAGUUUUGAUAGAAGUUAUUCUGUGUUUUGGUCAGUAUUUAAAUGUAAUAUGCUGCAUUUCUCAUAUUGCUUUUUCCCCAUACUGGUAUGUAUGCAUGUUUCUUUUUUUCUAUAAGCAACAUUAAAUUGUAGUCCAUUUUUUACUGCUACACUUGCUUAUUCAAACUGAGUCAGAAAACAACCACUGGAAAACUAAUAUGCUGUAUGUAACUACAAGAGGUAAUUAUUUAGUUUGUGUGGCUAUCUGUAUUAUGGGACGUUUGUGGUUUUGUACAAAUGGACAGACCUUUUUGACAUUGAUACCUCUUCAUUGUAUGGAUGUAGACAUUGAGUUUGAAGCUUCUCUCUUCUGUUCAGCCGGUUAAAGACGACAUGUUGCUAUCACUGGCUUUCAGCAGGCUUCUGUAGCCAAAGAACACAACCUCUGCUUUGUCUCCUUGAGAUUCUUCUUAUUACAUUUUUAUACAUCAUGAUAUAGGUUGACGUGUUACUUCUGAACCUGUUUAGUAAAAAGACAAAUAAAAUCCGAUAUUUUUAA